AUGGCUGAAAUCCGCCGAAAGCUCGUCAUCGUCGGCGACGGUGCCUGCGGUAAAACCUGUUUGUUGAUUGUCUUCUCCAAGGGCGCUUUCCCCGAGGUCUACGUCCCCACCGUUUUCGAGAACUAUGUCGCCGAUGUUCAGGUUGACAACAAGCACGUUGAGUUGGCCCUAUGGGAUACGGCUGGCCAGGAGGAUUACGACCGUCUCCGACCUCUCUCGUACCCUGACUCUCACGUCAUCCUGAUCUGCUUCGCCAUCGACUCUCCUGAUUCUCUGGACAACGUCCUGGAGAAGUGGAUCUCUGAGGUCGUGCACUUCUGCUCUGGUCUCCCCAUCAUCCUCGUUGGCUGCAAGAACGAUCUGCGAGACGACCCCAACACCAUCGAGGCCUUGAGGGCGACCAACCAGAAGCCGGUUUCCACUCAGGACGCUGAGGCUGUUGCUAAGAAGAUCGGAGCCUACAAGUACCUGGAGUGCUCUGCCCGAACCGGCAACGGUGUUCGUGAGGUCUUUGAGCACGCUACUCGUGCCGCCCUCAUGUCCCGCACCAGCCGCAAGAGCAGCCACAAGAAGUGCCUUGUCCUGUAA